AGGAUGUUCACUCUUUUCUUUUCCACUUCCACUUUCUCUUGUAUGGUUGACAUCUGAUAGGUGCACGGGGACUGUGGGAAAGGCUGCCACACGUGGACACAAUGACGGCCCUUUCCGGUUUGAACCGGCGCUGCAUGGCAGGCGAUGGAGUUCUGUUCCGUCGAGGAGAAGAGAGGGGGAAAGAAUCUGACCGAGAAAAGCGCAUCCGUUACGUUGGCGCUACUCCCAACACAUAGAAGGGCAACAAGGCGGAUGGUUGUGGCGACGCUCUUCUCUUUCGUUUUUCUCACCGCUCGCUCCGGACACAGGUGCCACGUUGUAAGUGACGCAUGGCGACUGUGCCUUAUUUCUCGUUGGUGCUUUCUGUAUAUAUCUAUAUCUAGAUGCGUGUUUGGUGCGAGUGUUUGAUGCGGUGCCUCUUUCUCUCUCCCGCGCCCUCUCUCUCUUUCUAUCUGUGUCGAGUGUGAAAUGCGGAGUGUGUGUGUGUGUGUGUGCAGCGGCAGUUUUGGACGCCCGCAAAACUCUUCUCCGCUUCUCGUUUUUUAUAUUUUGGUACUGAGCAGUGGUUUCACCAUACAACAGACACAUUUCGUGCCCCGAUGGCUUGGUUUUAUGAUGAUUCGUCAAAAAAACACCGUUGCUUCCUAUGCCACAAGGAAACGCGGUAGUAGAGCUUGCCUAAGUUUGUGUGUGUACGUGUGUUGAUUGACCUGCGCGGGGAGCUCCCUUGCCGUGUUCGGCCUACGUCUUGUUGCUGAGACGCGUACAUGCCAGUGCGACUGGCGCGUGCGCAGAGUACUGAAACAUUUUUGUUUCGUUUUUUGUUUAUAAUUAUUAUUUCCUCUUGUUCUUUUCCCUCUGUCAAAGCUGGAAGGAUGAAUGGCGAUUCGAUGUCCGUUACUUACACAAGAAAGUAUCAUUUAAUUAAAGGGCACAAGGAGGAUACAUGGAUGGAUUUGAGGACCAAUCUCUUCUCUUUCCGCCCUUCGGCAUUUCACGGUGAGUGACGACUGCAGUUUUUCAUCGCUGCGUGUGCGCUGUGCGGCUCGCGGCAAUUGACACGCAUUAAAACCGCAUUGAGUGCGUAUGUGUGUGGGCAAGUGAUUCGAUGGAGACGUGGUGUCGAGCUGAUGACGCUCGCCCCGUUUCCCUUUUGCAUCGACUGCCGUGACGACUCACUUUUUGUGACUCGUUGGCCCUCUUCAACUCCUGCUCUUGCGCGUGCUUUCACAAUUCUGACUCUUCCGUUUUCACGCAAGCCCAACGAAGCAGUUUUCGGCUUAAACCCUUUUCCACAGUUGUAGAUAGAGGGUUGUAAAACAGUAGUGUUAAUAGUUUUUUUCUCUAUUCUAUUUAGCAGGUACUGUUUUGUUUUUUAAAGGGUAGACGUGAUUGUUUUCUCCAUCGCACACGAAUUCCGCCAAGGGGUUCAUCUUCUCCAGUUUCUUCUUGUUUUCGGCGUUCUAGAUUAGAACUCGUUGUGCGCGCUUGCGUUGCUGCCUUCGUUGUGUCCGUCGCAUCGUGCGGGACAACGCCCUCUCCCCACGCCGCUCACACAUUUCCGUUUCAUCUCCUUUUGCUUUCGAUCUUUGAAUCUUUUUUAUUUGUUUUUUCCUCCUCUCUCUCUCUCUCUCUCUUCCUUUGGAGGGCGCGUGCGUGUGUCUGCGGAAUUCUCAACUUUAGCUGCCGUCACGAUGGGCAAAACAAAGAAGCACGGGAAGCCGUCCAAGCCGACCUCCAAGAAGCCCAACAAGAAUGAUAAAAACAAGAGGAGGGCAAAAUUCGUAGACCCGACCAGCAGCGUCAGUCGUGACGUACGCGAGAGCGUUGCGGCGCUGGUCGAGGAAAUCGAGCGCGGUGAGCCCGUGGAGGAGGAGAAAAGGCACUCGAUCGACAAGGCCGAGAGGAAGCGUCUGGAGCUGGCGGAGAAGGAAGGCAUCUCCGUCAAGAGCGGCAUGACGAAGAAGCAGGCAACCAAAAUCGCAAACCGUCUCAAGGCGCAGCAGAGCGCCACCCACAACAGCGAAGGCGACCACGACGAGGAGAGCGACGAGGACGACGGCAACGGCACGGAGGAGGACUACAGCGAUACCGCCAACGAACCCGCACGAGAGUACCGCAAAGGCGGCUACCACCACGUCGUGGUGGGCGAGAUCUACAACAACCGCUACCGCAUUGUCAAGAAGCUCGGCUGGGGUUACUUCUCCACCGUCUGGCUCGUGUGGGACUACGACAAGGAGCGCUACCAGGCAAUGAAGAUUCAAAAAUCGGCGGCUAACUACAGCGAGGCGGCGUACGACGAGAUCAAGUUGCUGACAGAGAUUAUGGAGGCGGACCCGCACAAGAACCACUGCUGUGCGCGCCUCAAUGACUACUUCAAGCACGCUGGCCCGAACGGCACCCACGUGUGUAUGGUCUUCGACGUGUACGGCGAGAACCUUCUCUCCUUGAUGGAGCGCUACGAGUACCGUGGCAUUCCCCUCCCCAUCGUCAAGUGUAUCGCGCGGCAGGUACUCAUCGGGCUCGAUCACAUCAACACCAUCGACAUCAUCCACACCGAUCUGAAGCCUGAGAACGUGCUGCUGUCGACCCCGAAGCACUCCAUCAUCUCCCUCAUGAAGCGCUUUCACCCCCCGCCGCUGCACCAGCGGCCGAAGCUGACGGAGAGGGACCCCAAGACGAUGACCAAGUCGCAGCGUCGCCGCUACUACAAGAAACUGGCCAAGGAGGAACGGAAGACCCUCCUCGGCGAGGACCACAACGGUACCAACGACAGCGACGGUGAUGACAGUAGCAGCGCCAACGGCGAGGUGGACUCGGAGGGCAGCAAGACGGACCCCGAGUGGGAGGUGGAGCGCUUUCACCACGUCAUACUCGCCGACUUUGGCAAUAGCUGCUGGACGUACAAGCAGUUCACGGACGAGGUGCAGACACGUCAGUACCGCUGUCCCGAGGUCAUUUUGGGUGAGCCGUACUCCACACCGAUUGACAUCUGGUCGUGCGCGUGCAUGCUGUUCGAGCUCAUUACCGGCCAGUUUCUCUUCGACCCGAAGAAGGGCGAUGACUACUCGCGGGAUGAGGACCAUCUCGCCCUCAUGUCAGAGCUGCUCGGCGAUCUGCCGGAGAGCAUGCGUCUCGGCUCCGGCAAGUACCGUAGCUCCUACUACAACUCCAAGGGGGAGCUGCGUAACAUCAAGGACCUGCAAUACUGGAACUUGGAGGAUGUGCUGCAUCAGCGACACAAGUUCACCCGCAAAAAGGCGAAGGAGAUUGCGGAGUUUCUGUUGCCCAUGCUGGAAUACUCUCCGGAGACGCGCGCCACGCCCGCUGCCAUGCUGCGCGACCACGACGCCUUCUUCGACAUCGAGGACGACGACUACGCACCGCUCUGCUUCGUCGACGAGGGCAGCGGGGACGAGGAUGAAGAGGACGAGGACGAGGACGCCGACGCCGACAGCGAAGACUCAGCGGACUCCUACUCUUCUGCGUCCUCGAGCGAGCGGAAGCUGAGCCGCUCCCGGCAGGCCGACAACGACGCUGAUAGAACGGAAACCUUCCGCUACUGGGAGGAGCACCCUAUCUUAAAUCGGUCGUAUCUGGAGGAGCGGGGGCUGACGAUUGGCGACAUUCAGACAGUGCUGGCAGGCAACCUGCUAGAGAGUCGCGCGGCGCAGGAGGCGGCAGCGGAGGUCAUUCGCCUCCUGUCGGAAGAGACGGAUCGUCUCUCGACUGACCGCGGCAGCGACGGCCACGAGGCGGACAAGGAGGACGAGGGGGAGGGCAGCGACGACUACGAAGAUGACAGCGACGACGCGCCUUCGCCAAUUGCUGACGGCAUCGCGAACGCUCAUCACGACGGUGGUGAUGUUGGUUGUGACAAAAAGGGUACCGUGGACGAGGAGAGCGACGCGGAGAGCGAUGAGGAGAGCGAUGAGGAGGGCGAUGAGGAGGGCGAUGAGGACGCACCACUGAGGAAGAAUAAUAAUAAAUAA